CUCCACCUCCACAGACACGCCACACUUCCUGUGUUUACUUCGUUCUAAACACAAUCCACGGAGCUUCGUACAUCAGACAGUCUGCGGGGCGCCACAAUGGAGACACAACAGUGCGCUUAAGCUUCCGACUCAAUUUCAUAAGAUGGAGCUGGACAAACGGAGCAUUAACAUGGAUUACAAAUAUGACACGGGAAUAGAACUGCUCUUGGCUCACAUGAAUUUAGAGGACAUUAUUAACGCUGCAGAGACUCUAUAUCGGCUGGAGGAAGAGGAGGAAGAAGAAAUCUUGUCGUUGGAAGACGAAGAAGGACUUUCCCAGGAGGAGAUGGAUGAGAAUGAGGAGGCAGGGGAGAUGGUGGUUUUGGGGAGUGAGCAGAAGGACUAUGCUAAUGGAGUUCGAUAUGGGACUGUGACAGAGAUCCUGUCCUUUGUCAACCUCCUGUCCAGCAUGCAGACGGCAGCCUUGCCAAACCUGCCAGAGGAAAUGGGAGUCCUCCUAAAUAAGAAGGACAUGGCUGUGAAAAAAGGCCGCUACCAGAUUAACAUGGACGUGCUCCUGUUUCCAUGGAAAUUGACCUACAAGAAUCAUGGGUCUGGCCUCGUGCCUAAGGGCUCAUUUGGGAAAGUCCACUUGGCUCAGGACACCACCACCAGGAAGAGAAUGGCCUGCAAACUGAUCCCCAUGGAGAACUUCAAAGCCGCUGAUGUAGAGUUUCAGGCCCGCUUUCGCCAUGAGAACAUCGCAGAGCUGUACGGCGUUCUGCUCUGGAACCAGAGCAUCCACCUGUUCAUGGAGGCUGGCGAAGGUGGCUCUGUGCUGGAGAAACUGGACAGCUGCGGACCAAUGAGAGAGUUCGAAAUCAUCUGGGUGACCAAACAAGUCCUGCGGGGCUUGGAGUACCUGCACUCGCACAACGUCAUUCACCAUGACAUCAAACCCAGCAACAUUGUCCUGAUGUCAGACAAAGCAGUGCUGGUGGACUUUGGGCUGACAGUGCAGAUGACAGACGAUGUAUACAUUCCCAGAGAUCUGAGAGGAACAGAGAUGUAUAUGAGUCCAGAGUUGGUUCUGUGUCGAGGACACAGCACCAAGACAGACAUCUACAGCCUGGGCACCACCAUCAUUCACAUGCAAACCGGUAGUCCUCCCUGGGUCAGGAGAUACCCACGCACUGCAUACCCAUCCUACCUCUACAUUAUCCACAAGCAGGCCCCUCCUUUGGAGGACAUAGCGGAGGACUGCAGCCCAACUAUGCGCUCCUUCCUGGAGCGAGCCCUAGAGAGGAACCCUGUGCUGCGGAGCUCGGCGUCUGAGCUACUAAAGGAUGACGCUAUCAACCCGCCCAGAGAGGAUCAGCCGCGUUGCUGGAGUCUUGACUCAGCCCUGGAAGAGGCCACCCACACCUUGCUACGGCAGCAGAGCCAGCACCACGACACCACGCAGGAAUCCUCUCUGUACUCUGAAGGUUCUGGACACAUCAGGAGGAAGGGCUCAUUGUAUAUUGACCUAGGGGCCUUGUCCGGUUACUCUAAACUGGUGACGGGGCCCCCUUCCUCAGAGUAUGGCUAACAAAUGACCAGAAAACACCAUUUAUAAGGCUGAACUGCUCUUAAGGCCACAUAAAUGGCUGAGACUCGUGGACAGCUAUAGCCAGCAUGACUCGUAAUGAUGUAAAACAGCGAGCAAGACUUGGAAUGAAUGGAUCCAGUUUGGCCUGAAAUAGAAAACGCUGCAGGACAGUGUUUGGAUGCAUUGUGAAUAAAUAAGCAUUAUACUCUACAUAUAAUUUCCCACACUUCUUUUGUGGGAUGUUUGUACUUUAUUUCAGUUCGGGUUCAUGGUGAUAAAUGCACGCUGUUUUCUUUUCUCCCAAAACCUUCUGAAAAAAGUUAUUGUAUCAUUUGAGUUACUUAAAGUGUAAGCUGUGUCUUAAAGUAUGUGUGUAAACAUGUAUGAUGUGUAGUUCUUUUCGAACGUCCUCCUGUUAAUUCCUGUGGAAUAUUCUUGGCAACACUGUGCUUUGCAAAAUGAAGCUUCUGUGGAAUGAAUGCAAUGAGUGAUUUUUUUUUUUUAAUGUUCUGUACAUCCACUGAGAUGAGGCAUGCGCUGCUUUAUACUGAAAGGGAAAAAAAGCAAGGGAUUUAUUUCUGUUUUCUUUUGUAUUAAGUGUAAAAGUUACCCAGAGUUUUUAAAGUGUCAUUCUGCAAUAAAUGCAAUAAACUCAAAAAUCCCA